ACGCCUAUGUUGGAUGGAUGUACUGGGCAGCGAUACCCCGGUGGAAAAGAGUGCAUUCAAACUGGUUUUCAUAGGGACUGAGUAACUUCUUUAACUUACUUCCUGGUGUAACAAACCGUUAGCAGGAAGAACUGCGUGUCUGGAAAAGAAUACGGACACGUGGAUUAUCAUUGCUCCUCUAGUUCCAGGCAAGAGCCACGGAAAAAACCCAUCCUCUCUGUGGCUAUCUGUCCGUAUUCCCCCGUGCUCUUCACCUCAUCACACUGCAAUACAAUAACAGAUCCUCGUUAAACGAAAGGAAAUGAUACGUCGGCGCGAACAUCGAUCAAAGCGUUUCUUUUUGUCGGCUUUCCUCAUUCAUUCCAUAGCCCACUGAACUGCGACGGGCAGGAAAAAGCAAAUCUCAAACAUUAGCAUCUCUUGUUGAAUGGCAAUUCUGCAAAAACAUGGAAAGAUCUCUGGUCCAGAUUUGGUCUGCCUCAAAGAAACCCCGUCAGACACAAUCGGUGACGCCGGAGGUCAUCAGAAGAAUUGGAGUGAACAUAACACGAACUGGCCCAGACCCCUGGCGCGGGUAUGGACGGUGGUGCUACUGCUGGGGACCUGUCUGCUGUACUGUGCCCGCGUGGCCAUGCCCAUCUGUGCCGUCAGCAUGGCCGAGAAGUUUAACUGGACCAAGAGGGAACAGGGCAUGGUGCUGGGCAGCUUCUUCUGGGGCUACUGCUUCACACAGGUCCUCGGAGGCUACGUCAGCGACAGGGUUGGAGGUGAGAAGGUGCUCCUGCUGUCUGCGGCGGCCUGGGGGGCGAUGACAGCCUUCACGCCCGUCCUGGCCCACUUCUGCUCUCAGCCCAUCUUCUCCAUGACGCUGGCCCGCUUCCUGAUGGGGCUGCUGCAAGGUGUGCACUACCCGUCUCUGGUUAGCCUGUGUUCUCAGAAGGUGGUGGAGAGUGAGAGAGGAUUCCUCAUGAGCACUGUGAGCAGUGGCUCCUAUCUGGGGACACUGGUGAUUGGGGGGGCUGGUUCCCUCAUGCUGGACCUGUAUGGUUGGGAGAGUGUGUUCUAUGUGUCUGGUCUGCUCUCUGUCCUCUGGGCAUACUGCAUAUGGAAAUACCUGCUCAGAGGGGAAGGACCUAUCAUCACAUUGGAGUCGCUGGGUCGUGGAGGGCCCCGGUCCAAACUCUCCAGGAGACACUGGCUACGUCUCUUCAAACAACCUGCUGUCUGUGCUGUGAUUAUUACGCACCUUUGCACUGCGAGCACCUUCUUCACAAUGUUGUCAUGGCUACCGACUUACUUCAAGGACACCUUCCCUGAUGCCAAGGGUUGGGUGUUUAAUGUUAUCCCAUGGUUUGUGGCCAUCCCCUCUUCUCUCUUCAGUGGCUGUCUCUCUGACCACCUUAUCAGCCGAGGGUUUGACACUGCUGCUGUGAGGAAGCUUAUGCAGUUCUUCUCCAUGGGUGUGUCCAGUGUGUUUACCCUCCUGCUGUGUGGCACCACCACCUUCCCCACAGCUGUGGCCUUUGUCUCUGCCACCAUGGGCCUCACCACCUUCAGCCACAGCGGUGUGUCUGUGAAUGUUCAGGACCUGGCUCCGUCAUGUGCUGGGACUCUGUUUGGUGUUAUGAAUACCUGUGGAGCAUUCUCAGGUGUGCUGAUGGUGUAUUUCUCAGGGUAUCUGAUUGAGGCUACAGGGUCGUGGGCGUCUGUCUUCACCCUCAUCACUGUGGUGAACCUGGUGGGCCUGGUCACCUUCCUGGCCUUCGCUGAGGCCCGCCGGGUCGACAUGGACUCUUCCAAGGGCCACUACCAUGACAUCCACAUCUGAGUCCCAAGCCCUGGUCCCUCAACAACCACCUUUUAAACUGAGGGGCCAAAACGGGACCAGGUCCCACACUAUCCACAUCUGAGUCCCCAAAACAGGACCAGAAUCUAUGCCCAUGUACCACAGAAUGCACACGGGAGACUUAAAUAUAGAAAGAGAACAGCGAGAGCCUUGGUCUGUUAAAUGUAUCAAAACAUCCACAUGAGAAUUUGAGAAGUGAAAGAAGUGAAACAGUAGUGAAAGAUGUUUGUCAGAUCAUAGCCAGUGUUUCUUCUAUAUUAAUUUAACAACUCAAUUGUUUCUCUCUAUAUAGACAUUCGUGGAUUUGGCAAUUUCAGCUACACCUGUUGCUGACAAGCACACAGCCAUGUCAUCUCUAUAGACAGACAUUAGCACAGUAAAAUGGCCUUACUGAAGAGCUCAGUGACUUUCAACUUGGCACUGUCAUAGGAUGUCACCAGGUUGUCUCAUUUCUGCCCUGCUAGAGCUUCCCCGGUCAACUGUUAGAGCUACCCCGGUCAACUGUUAGAGCUACCCCGGUCAACUGUUAGAGCUGCCCCGGUCAACUGUUAGAGCUGCCCCGGUCAACUGUUAGAGCUGCCCCGGUCAACUGUUAGAGCUACCCCGGUCAACUGUUAGAGCUGCCCCGGUCAACUGUUAGAGCUUCCCCGGUCAACUGUUAGAGCUGCCCCAGUCAACUGUUAGAGCUGCCCCAGUCAACUGUUAGAGCUGGACUGUCGAGUACAGAAGCACGUAGAUAUCAUCUGUCCUCGGUUACAAUUUUCACUAGCGAGUUCCAAACUGCCUCUGGAAGCAACGUCAGCACAAGAACUGUCGGGAGCUUUAUGAGAUGGGUUUCCAUGGCCGAGCAGCCACACACAAGCUUAAGGUCACCAUGCACAAUGCCGUGUGUCGGGUGGAGUGGUGUAAAGCUUCCUGCCAUUGGACUCUGGAACAGUGGAAACGCGUUCUCUGGAGUGAUGAAUCACACUUCACCCUCUGGCGGUCCGACGGACGAAUCUGUGUUUUGCGGUGCUAGGAGGCCGCUACCUGCCCCAAUGCAUAGUGCCAAAUGGAAAGAUUGUGGAGGAGGAAUAAUGAUCUGUGGCUGUUGUUCAUGGUUCAGGCUCCUUAGUUCCAGUAAAGGGAAAUCUUAACGUUGCAGCAUUCAAUGACAUUCUACACGAUUCUGUCCUUCCAACUUUGGGGCAACAGUUUGGGUAAGGUCCUUUCCUGUUUAGCAUGCCAAUGCCUCCGUGCACAAAGCGAGGUCCAUACAGAAAUGGUUUGCCGAGAUUGGUGUGGAAGAACUUGACUGGCCUGCACAGAGCCCUGACCUCAACCCCAUCGAAACACUUUGUGAUGAAUUGGAACGCUGACUGCGAGCCAGGCCUAAUCGCCCAACAUCAGUGCCCGACCUCACUAAUGCUCUUGUGGCUGAAUGGAAGCAAGUCCCUACAGCAAUGUUCCAACAUCUAGUGGAAAGCCUUCCCAUAAGAGUGUAAGCUGUUAUAGCAGCGAAGGGGGGACCAACUCCAUAUUAUUGCCCAUCAUUUUAGAAUGAGAUGUUUGACGAGCAUGUGUCCACAUACUAUAUAUAUUCUAGGUACAGUUGAAGUCGGAAGUUUACAUACACCUUAGCCAAAUAUAUUUAAACUCAAUUUUUCACAAUUCCUGACAUUUAAUCCUGGUAAAAAUUCCCUGUCUUAGGUCAGUUAGGAUCACCACUUUAUUUUAAGAAUGUGAAAUGUCAGAAUAAUAGUAGAGUGAAUGAUUUAUUUCAGCACAUUCCCAGUGGGUCAGAAGUUUACAUACACUGAAUUUUUGUCCCAUUCCUCUUGACAGAGCUGGUGUAACUGAGUCAGGUUUAUAGGCCUCCUUGCUCGCACAUGCUUUUUCAGUUCUGCCCACAAAUGUUCUAUAGGAUUGAGGUCAGGGUUUUGUGAUGGCCACUCCAAUAUCUUGACUUUGGCCAUUUUGCUACAUUUUUGGAAGUAUGUUUGGGGUCAUUGUCCAUUGGAAGCCCCAUUUGCGACCAAGCUUUAACUUCCUGACUAAUGUCUUGAGAUGUUGCUUCAAUAUAGCCACACAAAAUUCCUCCCUCAUGAUGCCAUCUAAUUUGUGAAGUGCACCAGUCCAUCCUGCAGCAAAGCACCCCCACAACAUGUUGCUGCCACCCCCGUGCUUCAUAGUUUGGAUGGUGUUCUUUGGCUUGCAAGCCUCCCCCUUUUUCCUCCAAACAUAACGAUGGUCAUUAUGGCCAAACAGUUCUAUUUUUGUUUCAUCAGAACAGAGGACAUCUCUCCAAGAAGUAAGAUCUUUGUCCCCAUGUGCAGUUGCAUAACGUAGUCUGGCUUUUUUAUGGUGGUUUUGGAGAAGUGGCUUCUUCCUUGCUGAGUGGCCUUUCAGGUUUUGUCGAUAUAGGACUUGUUUUACUGUGGAUAUAGAUACUUUUGUACCUGUUUCCUCCAGCAUCUUCACAAGGUCCUUUGCUGUUGUUCUGGGAUUGAUUUGCACUUUUCGCACCAAAGUACGUUCAUCUCUAUGAGACAGAACACGUCUCCUUCCUGAGCGGUAUGACAGCUGCAUUGUCCCAUGGUGAUUAUACUUGCGUACUAUUGUUUGUACAGGUGAACGCGGUACCUUCAGGCGUUUGGAAAUUGCUCACAAGGAUGAACCAGACUUGUGGAGGUCUACAAAAAAUUUUCUGAGGUCUUGGCUGAUUUCUUUUGACUUUCCCAUGAUGUCAAGCAAAGAGGCACUGAGUUUGAAGGCAGGCCUUGAAAUACAUCCACAGGUACACUUCCAAUUAACUCAAAUGAUGUCAAUUAGCCUAUCAGAAGCUUCUAAAGCCAUGACAUAAUUUUCUGGAAUUUUCAAAGCUGUUUAAAGGCACUGUCAACUUAGUGAAUGUAAACUUCUGACCCACUGGAAUUAUGAUACUGUGAAUUAUAAGUGAAAUUAUCUGUCUGUAAACAAUUGUUGGAAAAAUGACUUGUCAUGCACAAAGUAGUGUGUCUAAUUAUAUGGGAACAGCUAGCAUGUCAUUGCACCAAUCCUCCCUCCCUUCCCACCCACUGCCACCACUGCUGAAAAAAAUCCUAGGGGAACACUGACGGUGCUUCCAUAUAUGGAUUUAAAGAACCAUUCCUGUCAUGUUUUUGAUUGUUUGAAUUUCAGCCAUGGUUGGGCCUGUUGGGCUGGGGAGUAGCGGUCGUGGAAAUGGUGACUGUGGUUCACAGUUCAAAGGUUCAGUAUGACCUCAGCGUCUCCUGGUUCCACACACAGGUCUGGGUUUAUGUUGGAGAAUGAUGUGUGUGAGUAGUCAGUUUGACGGUGGGUGCUCUAUAGGUAACCGAGCAAGAUGUGUGUUUGUGGCUGAUGAGGGAAGCCCUACUCUGUGGAGACUAUUGGGAAAGAUGUGUGUUUGUGGCUGAUGAGGGAAGCCCUACUCUGUGGAGACUAUUGGGAAAGAUGUGUGUUUGUGGCUGAUGAGGGAAGCCCUACUCUGUGGAGACUAUUGGGAAAGAUGUGUGUUUGUGGCUGAUGAAGGAAGCCCUACUCUGUGGAGACUAUUGGGAAAGAUGUGUGUUUGUGGCUGAUGAAGGAAGCCCUACUCUGUGGAGACUAUUGGGAAAGAUGUGUGUUUGUGGCUGAUGAAGGAAGCCCUACUCUGUGGAGACUAUUGGGAAAGAUGUGUGUUUGUGGCUGAUGAAGGAAGCCCUACUCUGUGGAGACUAUUGGGAAAGAUGUGUGUUUGUGGCUGAUGAAGGAAGCCCUACUCUGUGGAGACUAUUGGGAAAGAUGUGUGUUUGUGGCUGAUGAAGGAAGCCCUACUCUGUGGAGACUAUUGGGAAAGAUGUGUGUUUGUGGCUGAUGAAGGAAGCCCUACUCUGUGGAGACUAUUGGGAAAGAUGUGUGUUUGUGGCUGAUGAAGGAAGCCCUACUCUGUGGAGACUAUUGGGAUAGAUGUGUGUUUGUGGCUGAUGAAGGAAGCCCUACUCUGUGGAGACUAUUGGGAAAGAUGUGUGUUUGUGGCUGAUGAAGGAAGCCCUACUCUGUGGAGACUAUUGGGAAAGAUGUGUGUUUGUGGCUGAUGAAGGAAGCCCUACUCUGUGGAGACUAUUGGGAAAGAUGUGUGUUUGUGGCUGAUGAAGGAAGCCCUACUCUGUGGAGACUAUUGGGAAAGAUGUGUGUUUGUGGCUGAUGAAGGAAGCCCUACUCUGUGGAGACUAUUGGGAAAGAUGUGUGUUUGUGGCUGAUGAAGGAAGCCCUACUCUGUGGAGACUAUUGGGAAAGAUGUGUGUUUGUGGCUGAUGAAGGAAGCCCUACUCUGUGGAGACUAUUGGGAAAGAUGUGUGUUUGUGGCUGAUGAAGGAAGCCCUACUCUGUGGAGACUAUUGGGAAAGAUGUGUGUUUGUGGCUGAUGAAGGAAGCCCUACUCUGUGGAGACUAUUGGGAAAGAUGUGUGUUUGUGGCUGAUGAAGGAAGCCCUACUCUGUGGAGACUAUUGGGAUAGAUGUGUGUUUGUGGCUGAUGAAGGAAGCCCUACUCUGUGGAGACUAUUGGGAAAGAUGUGUGUUUGUGGCUGAUGAAGGAAGCCCUACUCUGUGGAGACUAUUGGGAAAGAUGUGUGUUUGUGGCUGAUGAAGGAAGCCCUACUCUGUGGAGACUAUUGGGAAAGAUGUGUGUUUGUGGCUGAUGAAGGAAGCCCUACUCUGUGGAGACUAUUGGGAUAGAUGUGUGUUUGUGGCUGAUGAGGGAAGCCCUACUCUGUGGAGACUAUUGGGAAAGAUGUGUGUUUGUGGCUGAUGAGGGAAGCCCUACUCUGUGGAGACUAUUGGGAAAGAUGUGUGUUUGUGGCUGAUGAAGGAAGCCCUACUCUGUGGAGACUAUUGGGAAAGAUGUGUGUUUGUGGCUGAUGAAGGAAGCCCUACUCUGUGGAGACUAUUGGGAAAGAUGUGUGUUUGUGGCUGAUGAAGGAAGCCCUACUCUGUGGAGACUAUUGGGAAAGAUGCGUGUUUGUGGCUGAUGAAGGAAGCCCUACUCUGUGGAGACUAUUGGGAAAGAUGUGUGUUUGUGGCUGAUGAAGGAAGCCCUACUCUGUGGAGACUAUUGGGAUAGAUGUGUGUUUGUGGCUGAUGAGGGAAGCCCUACUCUGUGGAGACUAUUGGGAAAGCAUACUAAAAGAAAAAGACCUGACUGUGUGAGUGGCAUCUAAUUAGGUGACUAAUCACCCAUACACCCACUCUUAUGUACUGUACAAUUUACCUGCCAUCGUCUAUCACCAUGGUUACAUGCUCGUCAGUGUGCUUCACUGCGUUUGGUUUUAUCUCCAGAGCUGUCAUAGAGAGAAUGUAGCCUCAACAUACAGUGGGGCAAAAAAGUAUUUAGUCAGCCACCAAUUGUGCAAGUUCUCCCACUUAAAAAGAGGCCUGUAAUUUUCAUCAUAGGUACACUUCAACUAUGACAGACAAAAUGAGAAGAAAAAUCCAGAAAAUCACAUUGUAGGAUUUUUAAUUAAUUUAUUUGCAAAUUAUGGUGGAAUAUAAGUAUUUGGUCAAUAACAAACGUUUAUCUCAAUACUUUGUUAUAUACCCUUUGUUGGCAAUGACAGAGGUCAAAUGUUUUCUGUAGGUCUUCACAAGGUUUUCACACACUGUUGCUGGUAUUACAGGCCUCUCAUCUUUUUAAGUGGGAGAACUUGCACAAUUGGUGGCUGACUAAAUACUUUUUUGCCCCACUGUACAUUUUAGCUAGAAGGAUUUGUUUUAUGUUAAAUUAAGAAUGCCAAAAGUUAUAACGUUUCCUUGUUUUAAUGUAAAGAUGAUAAUCACAUGACAUACCCAGUCACUAACUGUGUGCUACCUUUUGUAUGCCAAGGCCUAAGGUAUAAAGCAGGUCUAUAUGUAAGUUUCAUUUAUAUAUGCAUCUACAGGUAGUCAACACUGUUAGUGAUUCAGUUCCAAGAACACGUUCAAUCAAAAUGUCGUAAUAUAACUGAUCCAUAAUGUCAUCCUGUUUGACCUUAUUCAGACGCUCUUUCACUUCACUUGCCUUAGCUGAUGAUUGUUUGAAAAUGCCUUCAUUGCUUGUUUGAUUUCUGUCACAUCAGGUUUGGGGUCCAACCAUUAGUAAAAUUAGUGAGUGAAUUGAAAUUCUAAUUCAAGAAUUAAAAAAAAUGCCAUCUCAAUUAGGAUUUAAAAAAUGAUUUAAUUGGAAUUUUGAUGAACUUAAAUUUCUCCAGAAUAGACUCCAACCCUGUGUCAACAUGCUGCCAUUUUGUAUGUAUCAUAUCGGCCCAUUGAAUUAGAGCCAAGAACCAGAUAAUUCUGAUUAUGUUUCCGCCACCAACAUUUCACAAACGUGUAGCUUUCUUCAAAAGCAUACAGACUAUUUUUGAUAAGAAUAAUGUAAUAUAUAUUAUAUAUCAAAAAAGAUUUAUGCAAAAUAAAUAGUAUUCUAUUGCUUAAGACAUAUAUUGUAUUUGUAAUCUUACUUUAUUGAACUUGAAAUAAAUACAACUAUUUUA